AUGAUAUUGGGGACAGGCGUUUUUGUGCUGAUCUUGGCAGGUUUCCAGUUUUUAUUUGGAACUACAGCGACGACUAUUUUCAUCGUAAAGAGCCUUAUAUUUUUACCUUACCAAGCCAUUGAGGUCUGCAUGUUCUGCUUUGCUUCGUCUUAUCUUGAAACAGCGAGCUCAGAUAUACAGUUUGCCAUCUACAGCAGCGACUGGUACAAGGCAAACAUAAAGUUCAGGAAGGCCGCGCAGAUGAUGAUGGUCAGGGCUAUGAAAGGCGAAACACUCAAAGCUGUCAGUAUGUACCCGAUCAAUGUGGAAACCAUGAUGUCGAUUUUCCAGUUCACUUACACAGUCUCAGCACUGAUGUUGAAAACAAUAGAAUGA